UGACCGUCGCUCAGGAAUCACGGUUUUGCUCCGAGCUCUACGACUGCAUCAUCGACUUCCUCCACGACGACGAGGCUGGUCUCAAGACGUGCGCCCUCGUGUGCCGCGAGUGGUUACCUACCAGCAGACUCCACCUUUUCAAUCGCCUCAUUCUCACAGGCAGCCCCGCGGCCAGUACCAGAUCAUGGGCGCCGAAUACCCCGUCUCGCCGCCUAUUUGCGGCCCUCAGCGCGUCCCCACACCUCGCGCCCUAUGUGAACAAGCUAUCGGUCCACGAGUCGGCUGUAUCGCGACCAUCGACUUAUCGAUGGGCCAGCGCAGAAAUAACUUUUCCACCGCUCUUGAAGAAACUCACAGCGCUCAAGGAGCUCGAAUUCACCUUCCCAGCACCAGGGCCUUCCGACGCGAAGAUUGUAUGGUCGACGAUGGUUUUCAAGGAUAUCAGCGACGCCAUGUCCUCGUCGACUCUUGAAUCUCUCACCAUCCGACAUUUCUCCUUCAGCACCCUCGCGGACUUCGUCAAGAUCCUCUAUUCAUGCCGCCACCUCAAAACGCUUCACUUCGACAACGUAGAUAUCUCCACCGCCACUAACCUCUCUACCUCCGCCCUAGAGCAUGUUCUUAAUCUCCAGCACACUAAUACUCUAUCACCGGCCAUAGAAAGGAAAGCUCCCCUUGAUACCUUGCUACUCCGGUCCAGCAACCUAUCGCUAUUCAUCCCAAUCCUACUACACACGCGCUCCCCACUAGACCUUUCCGACCUUCGUUCCCUUAUAAUUAACAUCACACCGGACAACUAUCUCAAUGUUCUUGACCUUCUUCGACACAUGCCGGACUUAGAAUCUCUGCAAAUAGAAAUAGACCCUUCCUGCGACUACGAAACACAUGUAGAACGCAGAGACAUCAUCGAUCUGCACUUUCUCCCGUCUCUCACCGCCCUUUCCCUCCGAGUGAGCCUUCUCCUGGGCCGUGUCGACCCCCUCCCCUGGCUGUACACCCUCUUCUCCUCUGCGCGUCCAGACAAUCGUCUCGCCUCCGUCUCCCUCACCUGCGUCGUCGACAAGGCAGCUCCUGAAGUCACCAUACACCAGAUCAACGCAGCGUUCGCUGGGUGGAGAGACCUGGGUGACCUCCUCGUCCAGUCGUCGUUCGGUCCGCUGAAGAGGUUCCGCCUCGACCUCGCCCUGGACAGACCUGUUGGUGACGAUACUAUCGAGCAAGUGUCUCGUGAUUUCGUGGAAGAGCUGGGAGGCUUAGCGAAGAAGGGGAUCUUGGAGGUCGAGGUUUACGAAGCUCGAUAAU